CAAUUCCAAAUUGGUUUGACAGUUAGUUGUCCCAGCAGCUGUGUCGAUGCGACCGUGUUCUCGGGUAAUGAAUGGCUGAUUGUGUUGUUCUCAUUCGUAAACAACAGAGUUAUCGGUGAUUUUACUUUCGGUUCGUUUUUUAUCGGGCCUUACCUGUUUGCCUUCUUUAUUGUUUCGUUGGGACGUCUACACAAAUAACACGACGACAGACCAUAUUGGGUCCAUUGGAAACCUUUACUUGGGAUUAGAACGAGUUCGCAGCUACGACACAAUGAGCAGUGUAUCCUCCAAAUCACAGGUGGCUAAAUCCCCAAAACAGUUUCAACUGCCUGCCGUUCUUAAUGACGAACUGAGAGCUCAAGCAUUAUAUGUUCCUUUUAGGGAACGCAGUGUUAAUCCUGAAAAUUACGAUUCGAAAAUGAAAUUUUGGAAAGACAUCAUUUUAGAAUUCUGUCUGCAUAGGGGAUCGUCCACUUUUUCCAAAUAUGAGUUGCUUCAGACAUUUUCAAUUGGACAAAGAGUUCCUUCUUGCCUAGACACAGUGAUUGGCGAAAUGCAGCGAAGUGGACUUAUACGACCUCGCCUCGAGUACGAGUACGACCCCUCAAACGGUUGGACUGGUUGGGCCGUGCUCAGGUUUUGGAAAAACCCGUUGCAUAAAAUUAAAAACGCUGUUCUGUCUCCGAAUUCAGCGCAACAGGAUCACAUGUUUGUGCACCUUACUGCAAUGAAAAAAUACUGCAAUGAUUUGCAAGCGAUUUUCGAGAAUCCUCCUUUCUCUGGUGCCAUUUUUUGCUAUGAGGAACUGAAAAAUAGCAUUUUUGCCUCGACAAAAAUGUCGGAAGAUUGCUUAGUCCUAUGUUUACAAACUUUGUCCUGCCAGAAUAAGAUAGGAUUACAUUACCGACAAAAUGUCGAUGGAAAUAAUAAUCAGAUUAUACAUUUGGUGAAAAUACCUUCCGCAUCACAUCCCUCUGUAAUUAUAAACGAGUCGGAUAUUGGCUUGCACAAUCUCCAUACAACAAGGCAAUUGUUGCUGAAACAACUUGAGAACUUGGAAUUUCAGGUUGCUGAGAACGAAGAAAAAGCUCGUCAAUACAUUAAGGAAAAUAAGCGAUUAUUAGCAAAGACCUAUCUGCGCAAAAAGCAUCUUCUUGAAAAAAGUCAUGCAAAACGCAGCGAUGCUUUACAUAACAUAGAAUCGCUCAUGUCCAACUUAGAUGAUGCUAAACAUAAUGGAGUGAUUUUGGACGCGUAUAAAUAUGGAACGAAGGCUUUGCAAGAAAUUCUAAAAUCGUCCAACCUAACAUAUGAUAAUGUUGAAGAAAUUGUUUCAGAUUUGCGUGAAACAAUAGAUACUAAUUCUGACCUACAAGAAAUUAUUGCUAAGACAAGCACCUCUGAAUGUCUCUCUACGGAAGAAGAGGACGAAUUAGAACGCGAACUAAAGGGGCUGUUUGCAGAUCAGGCUGCUGCAUCUUCGCCCAUUAUACCAGGCAAAGCUCCAGCGAAUGAUUCUCAAAUAACGCAACCACAGAAAAUAGAAAUAAGUGAUGCUGAACUUAUAGCGAUGUUAGAUGAACUAGAAGUAGAACAAAAAACACCUGCCAAUAGCUUCAGCGUUAGUGAAGCCACUAUUUGAAACAAACGGUAUAUUAUGCACACAUAUAUAAAUUAUAACGAGGUGACAUCGAAUGUUAAAUAUUUAUGGACAGUGGCAUGUAUAUAGAUUUUAUUACAAACCAAUAUGAAUUCUCAAAGACUUUCAAUAACAUUUAAUUAGAAACGAAAGAAAAUAUUCCGAGUGAAAUGCAUAAAUAAAUACUACUUGUAAAAAUGGACGCAAAUGUUUAAAAAAGAAUUAA